UCUGUCUAUUUAAUGUAAAGUAGCAUCAUCUCUCACUGCACUUCUAACAGUAGACUUUCUGUUUCAGACGGAGAGUCGUUACAGACAAACACCAUUCACUAUGACGACGGCAGCUGUUUUUGGCUCUACAGGGGCAGUGGGCGGCCAGAUCCUCGCUACACUCCUUGCCUCAGACGCAUUUUCAUCCGUCAAAACUGUGUCAAGAAGAUUACCGAAUGCACAGUCUCCCAAGCUACAGACCCUGGAAGAAGGUGACAGCUCGAAAUGGGGCGACAUGAUUGCCUCCCUUUCCCCAAAGCCAUCAAUAGUCUUCAACGCAGUCGGCACCACGAGGGCUGCAGCCGGCGGAAUUGAGAAUCAAUGGAAGAUCGACCACGACUUAUGCAUAGACAACGCCAGAGCAGCCAAGGCGGCAGGAGUGAAGACGUACGUGUUCAUCUCCAGUGGAGGGACCAGGGGCUUUUUCUCUCGCUAUGUCCCCUACUCGAAGAUGAAGAUUGGCGUGGAGGAUACUAUAAAGGAGCUCGAGUUUCAACAUAGUAUUGUCCUGAGGCCUGGGUUGAUCCUUCAAAGGGAAAAGCCCAAAGCUGCGUUAUUGGAGAACAUUGUUCAGAAUCUCAAUAAACUUGGACAAGGUGUGCAGGACAUGAUAGGUCAGGAUCAAACUGUCAUUGGUAGAGCAGCUGUUGCAGCUGCUCGUAUGGUGGAAGAGGGGAAGGCACCAUCAAAAUACUGGGUCCUUGAACAAGCUGAUAUUGUAAGGUUAGGCAGAGAUGAGUGGAAGGAGUAACGCUUCAUUGGCAAACAGGGCUUGUCGGUAUAUACGGGUUGCUGUUCAAUUGAGAUUGAUAAUCUGUGUUCCGACUUAACGCUUGUAUCUACAUUUCAUAGCGUAGUUUAUACAUCGUCAGUUAAUAUAGCUAUUGCUCACUGACUGUGCUGGAGCGUUCUAGGCCCUGGCAAUACUCCGAGCCCAAGCCCUUUAUUGCCACACUUGAAUCAGAGUCGAGGCACACCAGCUACAAUGAAGAGAGAAGCACCAAUACCCCUUGUUCCUUAUUCCCCUGACCAAAUGCGAAAGUUGUGGCUGGCUGAGCCUCUCGACGGAUGCAGCAAAACCGAACCUCAAAGCAUCCCAUCCCUUGCAGUCUUCCCAACAAAGUCCAUUUGAGUGGACACUGGUUAUU